UGUUCUAUGCUUCUUUACCUUUUUACAAGCUUAGUUCUGAGUGUACCUUGUGACAGCAUGGGCCGAGAUGGAUCGUUCGGUGGGCGCAAAAGCUCUCGCGCAUGUCCACUCACCGUACUACUCUCUGAGUGCGGCUUAAGUGUAGACAAGGAGUGCUUCUCUACCGACAGCUACGGUUGCGGAUCAUCUCCCUGCUCAAGGCGACCAAAGAGACAUCCAUGUUACACCCUCUUCGACGUGUUUGAGGUGAAACCUGAGAUUGUGUGCUUUGACUUCAUGUGUGGUAAACUUAAGACGUGCACAUUCGCAGCAUCGUACCUGUUGGACGUGCAGGAGGCCCUAAGGUGCAACGUAAUUGAUGGAAAUGCCUUGAACUUUAUCAUGCGCAGAUUCCUGUGGUACGUGCGCGAUCAUCCGAAGCUGCCAAGGCAGGCUUUGGAAGUCCCGUGGCACUGCACCAAAUGGGUGUUAGAUCCAUGCAAAGUGUUCCACUGCCUUGAAAGCGUCGUGCUGAGAAACCUGAUCCUGCGAAAGCUGUUCAUCAAGUUCUUGACCACCUUGAGCAACGAACUCAUCGCCAUUCUUAGACACGAAAUGAAGAUGUGCAAACCUAGAAGGAAGGCAGGAACCAUCAUUUGCUUACCACUUGAGGUUGUAUAUUUGCAAACCAUCUUUGAGGUUGUUAAGCAUUUGUUGGCGUGUGCUACAAUGGUGCAAAAAGGAUACGUUGAGGAUAUGAAGAAGUUUGAGGUUGCUGAUAUUUUGGUCCUGAAUGGCACUGAUCCUGCAAAUCCUGGCAAAAACAAAAAUUAUGUUGUCCGUUUACGCCGUCCGUUGGAUGAAAAUGGAAAUGGCAAUGGCGAUGGAAACGGUGGAAAUGGCAAUGGCAAUGGAAACGGUGGAAAUGGAAAUGGCAACGGAAACGGUGGAAAUGGAAACGGAAAUGGCAAUGGC